GCAGUUACAGUGAAGAUUUUGAAGAAGAAACAGAUGCUAAUCCUGCCUGUCAAACUGAGGGAAGUCACGUGAAUCAAAACAUUAUGUCAGGAGUUGAUUUAAGUCCUCAAGAACAGGAAGAAGAAAAAAACACUGGCAUGCUGGCUAAAGUUGUAUUACUUGAUUCACAAGAUUCAACUACAGAACUUCAAAAGGCGGCUGAAACGUCAGAUGUAGCUUUAGGGGAACAUUAUCUGCCUCAGGAAGCCAGUGGAACUGAAAUGAACGAAGCAGGCGCUUCCUAUGGCCAAACCACCAGCAACAUCGAAGCAUUACACCAGGCGUAUCAUCAGAUUGGUCAGGCUUUGGGAGACACUGAGGAGCAAGAGCUGCACGAUGCUGCAGUCCCCAAAUGCUUAGUGCAAGGUGUUUCGCAGAAUAACAACUGUUCACAAAACUUGUCAACCGCCGAAUCGGAUUUGCCUACUGUGGAAGAAUUGAUGAAACCUAUUAAAGGACAUUCAUGUAAUACCAGAGGUUUUGAUUUGGAGCCUGAAAGUCCUUUGAAACUGGCAGGCAGCACAGCACAUGAACUUGUCAGCCCGUCAGCCUGUAAAGAGCACCGGAAUAAUACAGUUUGGGAGACAAACUUACUUGAGAAACUUGACAGAGAAGAGAGCAUCUUUCUGCAAACAGCUGUGAAUGACAGUGACUUACAGAGGGAGACCGAGAAAGAAAUUCACACCGGUGAAGUACCGCCUGAUGUACCGAGAGAAGAGAUAGUACAAGACUCUCUGCUUUCACGGGACAGCAGAACUAGAGAGGCUCCCCGGUCUUGUUCCUUGAAGAACACAAGAUCGCAAUCGCUGACAACUAAACCAAUGUUAGACAAGAAUAUUAAAAGUCCAGCGCCUUUCCUUAAAAAGAAAUCUUCAUAUGGUCUUCGUGGGGCGGUUAGAAGUUCUGGGUAUGGGAAAUCCACUUCACUCUCAAAACAGUCUUUUCCAGCUAAUGAAAAGAAAGCACCAAAAGAAACUUUCAAAAGGACCAGUGUGAAAGCCAAAAGUCCUGCAGACAGAGCAAGAUUUAAAGAAGCCUUAUUUGCUACUCGGGUAAUAAGAUCUGCAACAAACGAACCAGCUUCGAAGGGAAGUAUUAACAGAGUUGUGUCUGGCCAAGCAGUUGUUAAUAAUCUCGGACACCAGGCUGUGGAUUAUUGCAGGCAGUAUCAGCAUGACUUAGCAUUUUCUCCUACCAAAAGCUGUGAUAGGGAACUAUACUUGCUAAAACGAGUGCAAGUUGCAGAGGAGGACCUGAAGACGGCUCGUGAUUUGAUUCAACAGCUAACCAGCACGGUUUCGCAAAAAGAGAAGGAAAUGGAGACAAAGCUACUGGAACUGAAAACACAGCACGAAAAAGAGCUUUCUCGGUUGGGUCAGGAAAAUUAUGUUCUUCAGAGCAAGUUAAGAAGUAUGGAAGAGCUGACUAAAGAAAAGAGAUGGACCCAUCGUACAGCAACGGUUCCUGUUACUGAAGAAAAACUGGCAGAAAUACAAAAAGAAAUUGAAGAUCAAGAGGUCAUUAUUCAGGGAUAUCAACAGGAAAAUGAGAGGUUAUACAAACAAAUGAAAGAGCUACAAAUCCAAAACAAAAAUAAUGAGGAACGAAUGUUUAAGGAGAAUCAGUGUUUAAUGUCCGAAUUAAUAGCCCUAAGAGAGAAGAUCGAGAAGACUAAUACGCAGUCACGAAUCGUGCAGGAUUCUGAACCAGCCAGAAACCAGAGUUUCACAGAAUUGAUUUCAGAGCUUCGAGCAGCACAGAAGGAAGAAACUAAAUUACGAGAAGAGAUAAGACUUCUCAAACAAGAUAAGCAAGGUCUCGAGGUAGAUUUGGGACAAGCAAAGAAGGAGAGGGAUUUAGCAAAAGUGCAGAUUGCAUCCACAUCAGGUGAGAAGUCUUAUGAAUUUAAAGUUAUGGAGGAAUCAUACAAACAGGAAAUCAGUAAUUUAAAAAGACGACUUCAAUGGUAUGCAGAAAACCAAGAUCUUCUGGAUAAAGACGCAGCCCGUCUUAAAGACGCAAGAAAAGAAGUUGAGAAACUAAAACUAGAGGUUGAGAAGCUCAGAGCUGAAGCUGGAGAUCAGUGUGCGCAACAGAAGAGACGUGUGCGAGACAGAGCAGCAGACGCUAAAAGAAUUCAGGAUCUUGAGCGACAGAUCAGAGAAAUGGAAGGGAUUCUAAAAAGAAGGUAUCCAAAUUCUUUGCCUGCUUUGAUUUACGCUGCUGCUGCUGCUGAGAAAACUGCUGAUCUUUCAGCUAAAACAAACACAGUUGAUUUUUUGGAGAGAAGAAUAAAAAAGUUAGAAACGGAACUUGAAGGUAAAGAUGAUGAAGCUAAAAAAAGCCUCCGUGCCAUGGAACAACAAUUUCUAAAAAUAAAGAUACAAUAUGAGCAAAGGCUUGCGGAGCUCGAGCAACUGCUUGCCUACAAAUUUAUGAGUCAAUCACCAAAACUGAAUGGUGAUAAAGCCAGUUCUGCAGAACUUGAACAGGAGCUUCAGAAUCUAAAGAAGACCCAUCAGAUCACCGUGAAAAAUCUCCAGACAGAAAUAGAAAACCUUAAAAGUCAAAAUUCCCAAUUAAUACUCAGAAGUAAAAAGGAUAAUAAAGACUUAGAGUCCCCAGACUCUCACAUGAAGCAAGGUAACACGAAAGACAGACUGCUAAAACUAAAUGAAGAACUGGUCACCAAAAACAGAGAAAUACAAGACCUUACAAAAACUGUGGAGAAACUUCAAAAAGAAAGGAUGGUGAUGUUGUCUGAUAAUAAUUUGAGAAAUAAAGCUGAUAAUAAGGAAAAUUCUACAGAGAUCUUGAAAAAGAAUACCCCAGCAACAGAUAAAAGGAAUUCCAGCCACAGUGAACCCUUCCUAAGGAUUUUCAAUGAUGACAAAAUAUACCAACCGCACACCUUUUCUGAUUCUGAUCUCUCGGAAGUUCUGCAAGAAAAUGCACAGCUGAAAGAGGAGCUGGAAAGGCUGUCUCUAGAGAUGAGCCAGCAGAGGGUGAAGGCUCAAGCGACCCUGGCUUAUUCCGAAAAUAACAUGCGAAGGAUACAGGAAGACACAGCAGAAUACAUUGAAUCUCUGAAAGCUUCCCAUCAGAGGGAAGUGGAGAAGAUUCUUUGCCAGCACGCAAAGGAGCAUUCUGCUUCUAAAGUAGCUGAACUAAACAGCAGAAUUUCAACACAAGAGAUACUAAUAAAACAUCUCCAAGAACAAAUCAGUGAACAACAGAGGCAUCAGGAAGCCCUUCUAGUUUCACAAAUGCGAGAGGAGCUCCUACAGAAAGAGGUGACAAAAUUGCUGGAAGAACUGAGAGAGGCUAAGGAGAGCCAGAGUCCUGAAAUGAAACACUUCCUGCGCCUGGAAGAGAAAAUCAAGCAGAUAGAGACCAGACACGCGAAAAGAGAGCAGGAAAUUCUCAAGGCAACCCAGCUACCACACCGUAUUCCUGAGGCAAGGCCAACCCACGAGGUGGAGAAGUGGCGAAGGCUGGCGCAGCGGAAGAAUCAAGAACUGGAGAAAUUUCGAGUGGAAUUGGAUUCCAUAUUAGAUGUUUUACGGGAACUGCAGAAACAAGGGGUUGUUAUCCCUGCGCCUCACGGCAGUGGAUUCAGCCUGAUGGACAGCUGUUGGAAGACAUGAUGAAGUAGGAGCUGAUUAGAGAAGCAGAAUUUU